AUGUCUGCGCCGCCCAUUCAAAAAGUCUGCCUCGUCGGGGCCAACGGCUCCCUCGGCUCCGUCAUCCUCGACGCGCUCGUCGCCGCCGGCACCUUUUCCGUGUCCGUCAUGGUGCGCGCCACCUCGACGUCAACCCCCGCGCACGCCGCCGUCGUCACACGCAUCCCCAUCUCGCCCGACUUUGACGGCCCGGAGCUCGCGCGGCUGCUCGUCGGGCAGGACGCCGUCGUGGCCGCCUUCCCGCUCAAGGACGCCGGCCAGCACCUGCGCCUCGCCGAGGCCGCCUACAAGGCCGGCGUGCGGCGCUACAUCCCCGCCGACUACGGCUCCUGCGACGCGCGCAGCCCGCAGGCCCAGCGCCACCUGCAGCUCUACCGCGACAAGGCCGCCGUGCAGGCCCUCUGCGAGGCCCUCGCGGGCACCGCCGCCGCCGACGGCGUGCCGUUUACGUGGACCUCGAUCGUCUCGGGCCACUUCUUCGACUGGGGCCUGCGCAACAACUACCUGCACCUCGACGUCAAGACGAAGAAGGCGCUGGUGCUCGACGCCGGCGUGACAAAGGCCUCGGCGUCGACGCUGCCGCGCGUGGCGGCGGCCGUGGUGCGCGUGCUGCAGCGGCACGAGCAGACGCGCAACCGCUUCGUCUUCGUGCAGAGCUUCUGUCCGACGCCGCUGGAGCUCGUCGCGGCGCUGGAGCGCGCGACGGGCGAGUCCUGGCACACGGCGCACGUCGACUCCAACGCGUACCUGGACCGCGAGACCAAGGCGCUCGCGGCGGGCGACGAGCACGCCGUGCACAACAUUGUCUUUGUGCUCGGCGCCGUCGACGCCGACUGGACGCGGCGCGACGAGUUUGCCAUGGACCUGCUGGGCUUCGAGGACGAGAACCUCGACGCCGUGGUCGGCAACGUGGUCAAUGAGAUGCGCCGCAAUGGCUUGGCGUGA